AUUCUCUGACCUUUCAUUGUUCAAUUGUAUAUUAAGUAACAAUGGAAAAUUUAACAAGCCCUGCAAAGGUUCAAGAUUUACAAACGCCAUGUUUUCUGAUCGACCGCGAAAAGGUUGCAAACAACGCCAAAAAGAUGAUAGAUAUAUGCGAAAAAUUUAAAGUUGUUUUAAGGCCGCAUAUGAAAACCGCUAAAACAAUAGAAGCUGGUAAUCUUAUGACAAAUAACACUAAACAGCGAAUAACUGUUUCAACUAUUGCUGAAGCCGAAUUUUUUGCUGCAAAUGGUUUCGAUGAUAUCCUAUAUGGGUAUAUAUUUACAUACGAUAAAUUGGCCAGAAUAUCGGAAUUGAGAAAGAAACUAAAAUCCUUCCAUUUAAUGAUAGACGGCGAAGAGGGAUUACAGUUGUUACUAGAUAAUAAAGUAGAAGGGAAAAAUUGGACCGUAUAUUUGGCUAUUGAGUGCGGAGGAGGCAGAGAAGGAAUAGAAUACGAUAAUGAAGAGAAGAUAUUAAAAAUUGCUAAAUUAAUUACUAAUUGUGAGCAUAUAGAAUUAGAAGGACUCUACGUACACGAUGGUAAUAGUUAUGAAGUAACUGGAGAGCAUAAAUUAAAAGAAUUAGGAAAUAGUUGCGUUGAAAAACUAUUAAAGGUUUCAAAACACCUGGAGGAAAAUGAUAUUAAAGUGAAGAUUGUUGGUCAAGGAUCUACACCAACGUGUUCCAUACCGGGGAAGAAAAUGGCUAAUCUUAAUGAAUUCCAUCCCGGAAAUUACAUUUUUUAUGAUGUCCAACAAUCAGUUAUUGGCUCGUGUAAUGUUAACGAAAUUGCUGGUAGAGUAAUGACAAGAAUAAUCGGUCAUUAUCCAUCUAGGAAUGAAAUGCUAAUCGACGCCGGAUUUUUGGCUUUAAGUCAUGAUGGAAAGGGUAAAUUACCAAACGGAUCUUAUUGCCUAAUCUACGAUGAACCUAGACUUAAGGUAACUAAAAUGACUCAAGAAAUUGGAUAUGUUACUGCAACGAGAGGAGAUAUCGAUUUUAAAAAAUAUCCUAUUGGAUCAACUUUAUUCCUACUUCCCUAUCAUUCUUGCGCUACGGCAGCUAUGUUUUCAAUUUAUUAUUUACACGACGGAGAAGAUGUUGUUGAUACUUGGAAGCCUUGUAAGGGAUGGUAG